CAAAGAGUAAAUUGCCCUGAUUUAGCAGUUGAUUUGGGUGCAUGACAGAAUAUUCAUACCGAAGUCAGCGUGAAUCGUGCGGCGGGAGUUUGAUAUUCGUCGCCCCGCUGGGUCUCUUUGAACGGGCGAAUUGAUUAUAUAGGGGCAGAGGCGCUCCGAGCAGAUUGUCACUUCUUACGGUGGGGAAAAAGAGCGGUAAAAACGUGUCAGGAAGUUAGAGAGAUCCUUCCGAUAGAACUCACGUUAAUUUUUACCAUUUGGACUGCACAGUAUCACGAGAAGGAUAUCUUUGCCGUCUGUGAGACAUUUGACGCCGUUUCUGUGACGUUUUUGCCGGAUUUCUGACAUAGAUUUGCGCGCCAACACAGUCAGGGUAUGUCAGCUAUGACUGUCGUCUGUCGUUCAUUCUGAGGGAAAUCAGACGACACCCAUGAGCAUCCACGUCUAGGCGCCACUCCCUUAGCGAUGCUCGCUGCCACCUGUGACAAGAUCGGAAACAAGAGUCCCCCUCCUCUCGCCGACGCCGCCAUCGGGAAAGGGUUCUACCCGUGGAAGAAGUCCCUGCCGGGCGCGACUGGGAACCACCACGUGUCGGUGAGCCACGGGAACGGCGCCGUCUCCUCCCGACCCAUGCACAUGUCUCUCCAGGACUCUCUCCCGUCCAUGUCCACCAUGUCGGGAAGCGGGGGGUACCCCCUCGCCAGCAGCACCACCGCCAACAGUAUGACAUCCUACGGCAGCGACCUGUUCCUGCAGAGCACGUCCGUCAGCACGUCGGCACACCACAACGACAGCGGCCAGCCGGCCAUCAUACAGAAAGUCCACGGUCCCGGCGUGGAUAGCCUACAGAUGCAGGCCAGCAUGUACCCGCGGGUGGGAGUCGCGCACCCGUACGAGUCCUGGUUCAAGACCAACGGCCACCCGAGUCUGUCCAACGACGUGACCAACAGCGCGUCGGCUUGGUGGGACAUGCACACGGCCAACUCCAACUGGCUGGACGUACAGAACACUAGCGGGUUACACUCGCAGUUAGGAAACUACGGCACGGACUAUUCCGCUCUCAGCCACCCACUCAACUCCACGCCGACGCACCUGCUGCCGACGGGGCAGUCGCUGCUCGCGCAGGACAGUUUUAAGUCAAUGUUGCCCUCAACGGACAUGAGCGGAUCGCAGCUGUCCGCCCCUCUACUCUCCACACCGGCCUUUGGGGCCACCGCAGGCGUGCGGAACUCCCGGCGGUACACGGGGCGGGCGACAUGCGACUGCCCCAACUGCCAAGAGGCGGAGCGGCUAGGUCCCGCCGGAGCCGCCAUCCGCCGCAAGAACCAACAUAGCUGCCACAUCCCCGGCUGCGGGAAGGUGUACGGCAAGACGUCCCACCUGAAGGCGCAUCUCCGCUGGCACACCGGCGAGAGACCGUUCGUCUGCAACUGGUUGUUCUGCGGGAAACGCUUCACGCGGUCCGACGAGCUCCAGCGGCACCUCCGUACCCACACGGGCGAGAAACGCUUCGCCUGUCCCGUCUGUAACAAGAGGUUCAUGCGCUCCGACCACCUCGCCAAGCACACCAAGACGCACACCGACGGCAAGAAGGGCAGCGACUGUUCCGACACCGACGAGAACAGCUGCGACACAUCGGGAAACAACCAGACCGCCCUCGGCAACAUUAGUGCUUCCCAACCGACAGUCACCUCGCCCCAUUCCGGUGGCCAAGAAGGUCAGAAGGAUUCCAAUUAGCAUUCAAAGAAGUCGAUCCCUAGAACUUGUCAUAGCGAGUAGAGUUUGAUGCCGUGAAGUCUGACCAUGACAAAAUGUUUUAUAUGACAUGUCCCGUAAACCGUCGCGUCGGUAGAGACACAGUCAGAGUAACAUUUGGACCAGGCAGAAAUAUGUUACAAAACUAGCGAUUGUAAGUAUUGGAUAGUGCUUUCCAAUGAUGAAUAGAUAUAUGAAUAUCAACCAUCGAACUCUCCCAAACUUGUUGUGGAAACUUUACACAAGGGGAACGUUUUCUAGCCUAGAGACAUCAGUUCAUCGCUGUUAGUUGUCGCGAAAGUUCGCAUAGCCAAGGAGCUUUUAUCAAAGCUCAUUGGCAUAACAUAACGGUCAAAAUGUACUUGUCAAAUGUGACGUGUUCUUAAAAAAAGCCAUAGAAGAAAAGAUGUAAAGACCUUGCCAGAAUGUAUACCAUUGUCAUGAUUUUUUGACAUCCGACUCACCUUACGCUGUGAGUGUUAUAAUACCAAAGUCAACUGCGAAACUACAUCUGGACACGAAAAAGACGCUUUCUACUGAAAACUAUCAACAACAAACAAUAUCAAACCUUCUCCCUUUGGGAGAUGUAAAUUUCUGAAAAUUUCACUUACAUUGUUAGGCUCCUGUUGUGUCGCGCUGUGGUAACUUCUCAUAUGUCCAUAUUCUUCAACCAGUUUACCUCGUAGUUAAAGGUCUCUCGGUCUGUAGAUGUCGUCGCUUCAUACAGCGGGCACAAGUGAUAUCUGCAUGGAACAAAAAACAACACGGCAUCGCUAUGGUACGCAUAUACAUCAAGUCUCUCUCAGUUUACGCACUAGAACUGUAAAUCAGUUCAAAAUCAAUAUCCCAUGUGGCAUGGAACAGUGAACACAUUGCCAGUGUAUUUUGCAAGGCGUCCGAUUUCUUUCCGGCAAAAAGUGUUGCUCGCUCAACAAAGGAGCACCCGUUAAAAUUCAUUGUUUCAACUUAUGAAUUCUGUGGAUGUUCUGAAUAGAAGGUAGCCGCAUAUGAAAUGUUAAAAGAAUUGUGACUUCGUAUUUCUCAAUGGGAAGAAGUUGAAACUGCCAUUGGGGGACAGAAGAGACAAAGAUUGUUAAAAAACCUUAAAAUAUUGCCGUGGUACUGGUAUAAAAGGAUGCUAACUACUCUUUCGAAAUCUAUAAGGUUCAGAAAACACAAUAACAAGUUGUAUUUUCAUCAUCUCAUUUUCAAACAUCUUGCUUCUUGGCUGAUUGUACCGUUUUCUAAUAACGCAUUUUUAAAAAGAAUUCAUUGAUAAAACGAUGCAUACACAAUUCACGUUACUCUUUUGACGCAAAUCCUUUAUGUGAAAAGAGAAUGUAUCUGAGGAGUACUGAAUGUAUGUAUCUAAGGCGUAUUGAAAUAUUUCUCUUUCUAGAUCCAAAACUUCAUAAUUUCAUCAUAUUGGCAACAUUCAGUGUGUGCCUACAAAACCAGGCAAAACGUACCGGAUUGUCGUCUAUUGUAAAUCCAGUCAUUUAUAACCCAGACUUUCUCACAUUUCGCGUCUAACAGACGUGUGUGUGUGAUACCAUCUGUACUGUGGACUGUAUAACGCCUGGAUGUUAAUGUUAUGACUUUAUCACGGGCCCAACACUCCCUCCAACACCGGGCACCCCAAACUCACUCGGGACCGGCACAGAUGUAAUCACGACCCACGCUUGAUGAAUUGUCGUACCAUGCGAUGCCGGCACAGAUAUGAAUUGAGAGACGCUUUCUUGUUAUGCUCGCCCAAUUUUCAGUCAUACUUUAUUUUCUGCCACGGCAUAUGAUACCUCGGGGUCGGUAUGAAUAUGACACAUUAAUACGACUCCCUGUCCCAGGGGAUGAUAUUUUGUUAGCAAUGUAGAGGGGACUGUAUUCCCUCUGCUGUCCUCUGUUCUAAUUAAAUACGUUUCGCUAUCAUGGAGCGAGAGAGAGGAAAAAAGUCGGUGAAGGGACGGAUAGAUACGAAAAAUUGCACAACGGCUGUCAAAAAUUGAAUGCACGUGGUCGGAUACAAUGCUAACUUUAGUCGGGAAAGGAAGUUAUGAGAUAGGACAGGUUUGUUGUUGUUGCAACAGAACAAUGUCUAUAGGAAAAUAUGUAUGAAAUAUAACAUUGGAAAUUCAUGUUGAAUGUGAUAGCGUAAAUUCUGGAUAACGAAAACUACAGUAGAGCUGUGAUUUUUGACGAAGAGAAAUUUGUUGGUUAGUGGAGAAAAGUGGCCAUUCUGUAUUAUGUCAACCAACAACAAUAGAAAGUUAUUUAUUUUCCUUGGUUGAUUUUUAACAUUCAUGUAUUCUCUUGUCACAUGCAAUGCCGCACAAAAUCAUAAUUCUUCCAUCUGUAACGUUAUGAUAUGAUAAGUAAAAAAAGUUGUUUCGGAGGGAGUGCCCCUGAUUAUGUAAAUGUGUGUAUAUUUGGUGCCUUCGGUAGCACUGUACGUUGUAUUCUGUACAAAUUUACUGCGACAUUAAACACUUUGAAGAGUAUA